AUGGACCCGCAACAGCAGCAGCAGAGCUUUGAUCGCUCAAGCGAAGAUGUCCUUCCACCAAAUCUUCCCCGGCCGGUGGACGACCACAAAUGCGACCACCUAUGGAGCAUGGACUUGCCGUCGCUGCCGCUUCCCUCGACCAACGACGAGACUGUCGAUUUAUCGAAGCUGAAGGGCUUGACUGUCGUUUUCUGCUAUCCGCGCACCGGCAAACCCAAGGAAUCCGUGCCCGAGGACUGGGAUGCCAUCCCCGGCGCUCGUGGCUGCACGCCGCAAGCUUGUUCGUUCAAGGCCGCCACCUCAGAACUCAAAGGCUUGGGUAUCUCUAGGAUCUUUGGUCUAAGCACGCAGGAAACCGAACACCAGAAGCUCACUCGCGAACAUCUGCGUCUCGGCUAUCACCUUCUCAGCGACGAGCACUUCAAGUUCUGUGAAGCCUUGUCUCUGCCUAUGUUUGAAUACGGGUCCUGGAAGUUGGUUAGGCGGGUUUCUCUGGUGAUUCAAGAUGGCAAGAUUGUCUGGGUUGACUAUCCCGUCUUCCCGCCCGACAAGAGCGCCGAGAAGGUGGUGAAAUACCUGAAGUCGCAGCCCAUUAACAAUCCCGGCCAGGCGCGUUGUGGGAAUGGGGACAAGGCGUCCUCUUCACUUCCUUCGAAUUCCGCCCCUAUCGAUUUCCAGACUGUCACCGAUCGGCCUGCUGGUGCUGGAGGCGUAACGAGCCCUGCACCUGUGGCGGAAAGCCCGAAGAGGCAGGGUCCUGCGUCAAACCUCCACAUCUGCCCGGAGUGGGUUGAGCAGAAGGCACGGGAGGCUGCACAGGCCAACGUUGCUCAGAAGGACAAAAGCUCGAACAGUCUCACUGGAGAAAUUGCUGGACCUAACAAGAAGUACUCAUUCCACCUUAGUGGGGGAUGCACCACCAAUUAG